AUGAACACUUGCGUAUAGAAUGGAGACUGAAUUUUAUCCUAUAUAAGCACCCUGAUCAGAAAGAGAACCGCACUUCUCUCCCCACAUCCGCCUCUGCAACGAAUUCCAUUCCCAUUGAAUUAGAGGCAUUUCUUAUCAACGUUCCAUCGUGAGUACUAUCAUGACCAAUUAUCUGUCAAUUUUAUGGCUGGGAUUUUGUUUGGCUGUGCCUGAAAUCACGGCAAUGCCUGGCCUUGAUGAUGUCGAGGACAUGAACCAACAAAAUGAGUUUUCGUCACCUGAAGCGCCUUCAGAUGUCAUGGCACUAGAGGAACCAAGCCCUGAUUUGAUGCAAACGCUUGCUCGAAAAAUGGGGGAGGAUCUGGUAUAUGUUCGAAGGACGAUCCGCGGAGACGUUCAGCCUCUCAAAUGGAUCAGUGACCGCAAAGGCCGCAUAUUCGGAGAACUACCUGAUGUGUCGCAACCUCUGGCCGAACUGAAAAACGAAACCAUCGGCCUCCUGAACCCUCGUGCCGCCAGGGUCACAAACGGGCUGCCGUGCAACGGAGUGACGAGGCUGUCCCCGGACGGCGACUCGCUGGCUUUUGUCUUGCCUGUCAGCAGCGAUAACGCGUUCUGCCAGGCUGUUAUUUUACCGACUGUAGGCAGUUCUCUGACGCUGGAAUGUCCGUUCUUCACAUUUCCUCGAUGCCAGAGAGAAUAUCUCUACGUCACCGAUGGAGCUGACCGCAAACAGCUAUACUGCGACGGCCGACAGCUGGAGCCACUAAGCAACCUGCAGCAGUUGUUCCUGCUCUAUGAGAGGAAGCAGACCAGCGACGCUGUCUUCAACGCCUACUGCACCGUUACUGCGCGCUACAACACACCGCCGUCUGCUGGCACACCAGCAGCUCAAAACGCCUACCAGAUCUGUCCCGCUUCUUGUGGCAAGGCCUUGAGAAACUCUGGGACCAUCCGCAUCAUCGGCGGGUCGCUGGCCGAGGAAGGAGCGUACCCGUGGAUGGCGAAGCUCGUCAUCAAGAUGAAGAACGGCAACGCCUUCCAGUGUGGCGGCUCCAUCAUCAACUCUAGGAACAUCCUUACAGCCGCUCACUGCCUUGAAGACAAACAAAACGUCCAGUCGAUACUCGUGAGCGUGGGCCGCACAGGCACAGCGCCUGUCCCGACCGAGCAGCGCAUGGAGGCUACUGAGUUCAUCGUGCAUGAAGCUUACUCGUCCAACUCGGGGAAGAUGGAUGCAGACAUUGCCUUGGUGUAUCUGCCACAAGAACUAAAGCUGGGCGCAGGUUCGGGUACCGCGGCUCCAGUUUGUCUUGCCUCUCCUGGGCAAUACGAACACCAGGUGGCGGUCGUCACCGGGUGGGGGGCUACAUCUUCUGGUGGAGGAGUUUCUUCAAGCCUCAUGGAGGCAGGGGUGACUGUGACAGAGCUCGCAGCGUGUAGCAAGACCUACGGAGCAGUCGGUCAUACCAUUACUGAAAAUCAGUUGUGCGCCGCUGAGGUUGGUCGCGACAGCUGCCAGGGGGACUCGGGAGGACCUCUGGUGACGCAACUCAAGGGCGUCUGGUACCAGCUCGGAGUGGUGAGCUUCGGCAUCGGUUGUGCAGAUCCUCAAUAUCCUGGAGUUUACACACGCGUUUCAUCUUAUCGGGACUGGAUUGCGGCGCGCCUUAGAGGAGGAACCUGCUGAUCUUGUUCAUUUGUGUUAUCAGUGGCAUGAAGCACUUCGGAUAAGAUGAGGAACCUGCUCUUUUCAUUCACGUUAUUAGUGACAUGAAGUUCAAUCUAUGGGCGGAGAGCCCAUAAAUUGUGCGACACUGCAAUAUUUUCAACGAAUUUCCCGAAUUUAGCGCACUGCGUGGCUGUGUUUUCACGUGUGAAGGGAUCAUUUUGGCCUUGGGUUUCGACUUAAAUAUAUAUAAUGUGGAUUGCUUCCAGGUAACGUUUGCUUGAUUGCACAUCUUAUACAUGAAGUUUUUAUAUUUGUUCAGCACGUUUUUUUUUUGCAAUAUGAUUACAGGUCCUAUUAUUUUUCUAGCUGCAAAAAUAUAUUUGCGAAAACUUUUAUAAGAAAUGCCUCUAUAUUUUGAGAAACGUCUCGUAAUUUGUGAAAAUAAAAAGUAUGAGUGCA